GGUGCGGGGGGAGGGGGUGUUGGGCGAGUGCGCAUGUGCAAAUCUCCAUGGAGAGAAAAGGGGGUGAGAGAGCAAGAGGGAUAAAGGGAAAAAACAGGGUUUGGAAAACAAGGCUGUGAAGUGAGAGGCACGGGGAGACUCCAAGCCCUGCUCUUCUGAUGCAUAACAGAGCAAAGAGAUGAAGGGACAGCAGAAAGCGGUUGAGACUGAAGAGGGCACUGUGCAGAUCCAGGAAGGUGCAGUGGCGACAGGCGAAGAUCCCACCAGCGUUGCCAUUGCCAGCAUCCAGUCAGCAGCCACGUUCUCCGACCCCAACAUCAAGUAUGUCUUUCGCACAGAGAAUGGCGGCACUCAGGUGAUGUAUAGGGUGAUACAGGUGGCGGAGGGGCAGCUGGAUGGGCAGACGGAGGGCACCGGCGCCAUCAGCGGCUAUCCUGCAGCACAGUCCAUGACCCAGGCUGUUAUCCAGGGUGCAUUUACCAGCGAAGAUGCUGUUGAAACAGAAGCCACAGCCACGGAGACCCACUACACGUACUUCCCCACGACAGCCGUGGCAGACACCAGCACCUCCGCCGGUGCGGGGACCACGGCCACCGCGGUGGUGACCACCCAGAACUCAGAGGCCCUCCUGGGGCAGGCCACACCCACUGGUACAGGGCAGUUCUUCGUGAUGAUGUCACCCCAGGAAGUUCUGCAGGGCGGAGCUCAGAGAUCUAUCGCGCCCAGGAAUCACCCCUACUCUCCGAAGUCCGAAGCUCCUCGGACGACCCGGGAUGAGAAACGCCGAGCACAACACAAUGAAGUGGAGCGCCGACGCAGGGACAAGAUCAACAACUGGAUUGUGCAGCUCUCCAAGAUCAUCCCAGACUGCUCCAUGGAGAACACCAAGUCAGGGCAGAGUAAGGGAGGGAUCCUCUCCAAAGCCUGUGACUACAUCCAGGAGCUGCGGCAGAGCAACCACCGCCUUUCCGAGGAGCUGCAGGGCCUCGACCAGCUGCAGAUGGACAAUGACGUCUUGCGGCAGCAGGUGGAAGAUCUCAAGAACAAGAACCUGAUCCUGCGGGCGCAGCUGCGUCAGCACGGGGUGGAGAUCAUCAUCAAGAACGACACCCACUGACUGGUGAGGGGCGUGGGGGGAGCGGCUGAACCCCCGGCCUCGGGGUCUGCCAAGGCACAAGGCGAGGAGGGACCCCCCCAGUCACGACUGCCCGCAGGAGACAGUUCUCGCCUGCCGAUGCUCCUGAACUGCAGCGCCUCGCUCUUGCUGUACAGACCCGAAAGCAGCAGCGUCAGCAUCCUGGGGCUGAACCCAGUGCUCGGGCCUCCCCUCAGAGCUCCCCCCGAGCCUGGCCCAGAGCCUCCGCUUGCCCUGCCUCCCCCUAGAGCUCCCACCCAGCCUGGGUUAGAGACUCGGCCUGCUGCCCCCCUCCCCGGCGGAGCUGGUUUGAAUAAAGAAGCUGACGCU